GUCUGCCCGAGGUGCUCGCGGAGCGAGCGUUUUGGUGGCCGGCUGGGGACUGCAAGUGUCAGCGGUGGCCGAGGCCCUGGCGGGAGCCGGAGCGAGAGCAGCCACGCGCCUGCUGACCGGGGUCGCUGGCAAGGGGCGGCGUGCUAGCGGAGCAACAUGCAGAUAGGCGCCCCGCGCUCUGACGACCCCUCCCGAGGACAAGAGGCCGGGGCCACUCUGGGGCGGCGGGGAGCAUGAGGGAGGCCGGGGGCUGGCUCGACUCGGAGCGCUGCUAGGGAGCGGUGCGAGCUGCACACUCGCUGGGGCGCAUCGGAGGGCGGGGAGCCGGGCUGGUAGCGCCCGCAGGCGGGAGCCGGCCACCGGGAGCUGUUCUGAUUUCCUACGCGGACGAGAGGGGCUCGGAGCAGCCCCCGACCCCUGCGUGCAGCCAACAUGGGCAACGCAGGGAGCAUGGAUUCGCAGCAGACCGAUUUCAGGGCGCACAACGUGCCUUUGAAGCUGCCGAUGCCCGAGCCAGGUGAACUGGAGGAGCGAUUUGCCAUCGUACUGAAUGCUAUGAACCUACCCCCUGACAAAGCCCGGUUACUGCGGCAGUAUGACAAUGAAAAAAAGUGGGAACUGAUUUGUGAUCAGGAACGAUUCCAGGUGAAGAAUCCUCCCCAUACAUAUAUUCAAAAGCUCAAAGGCUAUCUGGAUCCAGCUGUAACCAGGAAGAAAUUCAGACGGCGUGUUCAAGAAUCUACCCAAGUGCUAAGAGAACUGGAAAUUUCUUUACGAACCAACCAUAUUGGAUGGGUCAGAGAGUUUUUGAAUGAAGAAAACAAAGGCCUUGAUGUUCUAGUGGAGUAUCUGUCAUUUGCUCAGUAUGCAGUAACUUUUGACUUUGAAAGUGUGGAAAGUACAGUGGAGAGCUCAGUGGACAAGUCCAAGUCCUGGAGUAGAUCCAUUGAGGACCUUCACAGAGGGAGCAACCUGCCCUCUCCCGUGGGCAACAGUGUCUCUCGUUCUGGAAGACAUUCUGCAUUGCGAUAUAAUACUUUGCCAAGCAGACGAACUCUGAAAAAUUCAAGACUAGUGAGUAAGAAAGAUGAUGUACACGUCUGUAUCAUGUGUUUACGUGCCAUCAUGAACUAUCAGUAUGGUUUCAACAUGGUGAUGUCUCAUCCACAUGCUGUUAAUGAGAUCGCCCUAAGUUUGAACAACAAGAACCCAAGAACAAAAGCACUUGUCUUAGAACUGUUGGCAGCUGUUUGUCUUGUCAGAGGCGGGCAUGAAAUCAUUCUAUCAGCAUUUGAUAACUUUAAGGAGGUAUGCGGAGAAAAACAGCGCUUUGAGAAGUUGAUGGAACACUUCAGGAAUGAAGACAAUAAUAUAGAUUUUAUGGUGGCUUCUAUGCAGUUUAUUAAUAUUGUAGUCCAUUCAGUAGAAGACAUGAAUUUCAGAGUUCACCUCCAGUAUGAAUUUACCAAGUUAGGCCUGGAUGAAUACUUGGAUAAGCUGAAACACACCGAGAGUGACAAGCUGCAGGUGCAGAUUCAGGCUUAUCUGGACAAUGUGUUUGAUGUGGGGGCUCUGCUGGAAGAUGCUGAAACCAAGAAUGCAGCAUUGGAGAGGGUGGAAGAACUGGAAGAAAACAUCUCUCAUUUGUCUGAAAAACUGCAAGAUACAGAGAAUGAAGCCAUGUCCAAGAUUGUGGAACUGGAAAAGCAGCUCAUGCAGAGGAACAAGGAGCUGGAUGUUGUUCGAGAAAUCUACAAAGAUGCAAACACCCAGGUUCACACACUACGGAAAAUGGUCAAGGAAAAAGAAGAAGCCAUUCAAAGACAGUCUACCCUGGAAAAAAAGAUUCAUGAACUGGAGAAACAAGGGACCAUUAAAAUUCAGAAGAAGGGGGAUGGGGACAUCGCCAUUCUGCCAGUUGUGGCUUCUGGCACAUUGUCCACGGGGUCAGAGGUGGCAGUGGGUAACUUUGUGGGACCAAUAACGGGGGCUGCCUCCUCAGGACCUUUGCUCCCUCCUCCCCCACCACUACCUCUGUCAUCAGAUGCACCUGAAGCAGUGCAAAAUGGUCCAGUAACACCACCGAUGCCACCACCUCCUCCUCCCCCACCUCCCCCACCACCCCCACCGCCUCCACCGCCUCCUCCUCUCCCUGGUCCUGCAGCUGAGACUGUGCCAGCACCUCCUCUGCCACCCCCCCCUCCUCCCUCUGCACCCCCACUGCCUGGAACAUCUUCGCCCACAGUGGUUUUCAACUCAGGAUUAGCAGCUGUGAAAAUUAAGAAGCCAAUCAAGACGAAGUUCAGAAUGCCGGUUUUUAACUGGGUUGCUCUGAAGCCAAAUCAGAUUAAUGGCACAGUCUUCAAUGAAAUUGAUGAUGAACGAAUUUUGGAGGAUUUAAAUGUGGAUGAAUUUGAGGAAAUAUUUAAAACAAAAGCCCAAGGUCCUGCCAUUGAUCUUUCUUCGAGCAAACAGAAGAUAACACAGAAGGGGUCAAACAAAGUGACAUUACUAGAAGCAAAUAGAGCCAAAAAUCUUGCCAUAACUUUAAGGAAAGCUGGAAAGACUGCAGAUGAAAUAUGUAAAGCUAUUCAUGUAUUUGACUUGAAGACACUGCCUGUAGACUUUGUAGAGUGCCUGAUGAGGUUCUUGCCAACUGAAAAUGAAGUGAAAGUGCUCCGGCUCUAUGAGCGGGAAAGGAAGCCCCUGGAGAACCUGUCAGAUGAAGAUCGCUUCAUGAUGCAGUUCAGCAAAAUCGAGAGGCUCAUGCAGAAGAUGACCAUCAUGGCCUUCAUUGGCAACUUUGCUGAAAGUAUUCAGAUGCUGACUCCUCAACUGCACUCAAUUAUAGCUGCAUCUGUUUCGAUAAAGUCAUCCCAAAAACUCAAGAAAAUUCUGGAGAUCAUUUUGGCCCUUGGAAACUAUAUGAAUAGUAGUAAACGAGGAGCUGUUUAUGGAUUUAAACUUCAGAGUUUAGAUCUGCUUUUAGAUACAAAGUCAACAGACCGAAAGCAAACGCUGUUGCACUAUAUAUCUAAUGUUGUGAAAGAAAAAUAUCACCAAGUGUCCCUAUUUUAUAAUGAGCUUCAUUAUGUGGAGAAAGCUGCUGCAGUCUCCCUUGAGAAUGUUUUACUGGAUGUCAAGGAGCUCCAACGGGGCAUGGACUUGACCAAGAGGGAGUACACCAUGCAUGACCACAACACACUGUUAAAAGAGUUCAUCCUCAACAAUGAGGGGAAGCUGAAGAAGCUGCAGGAUGAUGCCAAGAUUGCACAGGACGCCUUUGAUGAUGUUGUGAAGUAUUUUGGAGAAAACCCCAAGACGACACCGCCCUCUGUCUUCUUUCCUGUCUUUGUCCGCUUUGUGAAAGCCUACAAGCAAGCAGAAGAGGAAAAUGAGCUGAGGAAAAAGCAGGAACAAGCUCUCAUGGAAAAACUCCUGGAGCAGGAAGCACUGAUGGAGCAACAGGAUCCAAAGUCUCCUUCCCACAAAUCAAAGAGGCAGCAGCAAGAGUUAAUUGCAGAAUUAAGAAGGCGACAAGUUAAAGAUAACAGACAUGUAUACGAAGGAAAAGAUGGUGCCAUUGAAGAUAUUAUCACAGAUCUUAGAAACCAACCAUACAGACGAGCCGAUGCGGUGAGGAGAAGUGUCAGGCGGCGCUUUGAUGAUCAGAACUUGCGUUCUGUCAAUGGUGCCGAAAUAACCAUGUGAACCCAAGACCUGCCUGUAUGAAGAGGGUGUUCGUGAAUGAAACUGUCCACAUAAACUUUAUGUGCUACCAUUUAACUGCAGCCUUGAACAUAGAUAAAAUAUUCAAAGGGCUCAGAUUUAGCAAACACAUAGGAAUUUAAAAAUGAUGGGCUCUCCUUUCAACCUUUGUUAACAAGUGCCUAAAAGUGGAAGUACCUGCUCAGAUUAAUCAAAGCAAUAGGAUUUGAUUUGAUUAGGUAUCUUUUUACACCAGUAUGUUAUUCAAUUUUUUAACCAAAAUGUAAAUUUCAUAUUCCAUUCAUUACUUGCCAUUGUGAACGUCCCAUGAUGCCCACCCUCAUUUCUUGGUAAGUUGUAAAUAACAUGGGUGCAUCUGCUGUUGGCUUUCUUUGCUGAAAUGUCUUAACUGAUUAAUUUUGGGUUUCAGCCAUAUAUAUCAAGGUAGUAUCUUUAAGGGCUUGCAACAUGGAAGGAAAAAAUUACACGAUAAACUUCCUUUGUCAAUAACCAAGCCCCCAGCAAAGUCCAAACAGGAUGCAAUUGCAGUGGCAAGAAGUCACUCAAGUCUGUCUUGUAUCACAUUCUGCUACUUCUCGGGUAGGGUAUGAUGCCCUGUGAGACAUUCACAGUAACAAUGCAAGGAUAUGAUGGCAUACAACUGUGUAAGACUUAUUUGCAGUACUGUGUUCUUCAGCUAGAGGCAGCUUUAAAAAAUAAUGCAAAUGUAUUUAUUAAUUAGCACUAAAAUUAACAUCUCAGUAAUCAGUACUAGGAUUUCUGAGGACCAUUAUGGGUCAGUUCUGAGAAUAGAAACUGGUGCCUUGCUAGCCAGGGAGAAGUUCACUUGCUCUAUCAAGCAUUCAAGAUUAUUUCUGCUAGCACAGUAGUGUUAGUUACCUGGCCUUAUUCUCCUCUGACAAUCGCAGGGUUCUUGCCUCCUCCCCGCUUAUUUUUUCCUUUUGUAAAUCGGCAUUCAAAGCUAAGAAGUUCACGUAUUUCCCAGUUUACUUCGUGGGAAUUGCAAUUAAAUUGAUGAAGUUUUGGAGUUAAGCUUAAAUGGUAUGUAAUGGAACUAAAUGGCCAACUAAGCCAUUGUAAUUUUUCCUUCAUCUCUGGCAGGGCACUUGAUCCAUUCCAAAGUCAAAAACUGGACUGAAGCUAAUUUGUACUUUUCAUAACACAUUCUGCUUCUGGCUUAUCUUCUCGGUACAUUACAUCAAUAUGUUAAUUGUAAAGUUUUAUUGUAUAGUAUUUAACCACUGAAUUUCUUUUAUGUUGUGCUUAUGUGAACUCCUUGGUGAAGGUCCCAUUUUCCUUGGAUAAUGUGUAGUUAUAUGAGCUCUUUUUAAAUGUACAGAUAUUUUGCUAUAAAAUUGGUGCAGUUUUUUAUGGUUUUUACACUUCUCCUUAAUUCCUACCUAAGUCUCUGGGUAAUAUUGUAAAUAUUGUUUAAAAAUGCAUCAGCCUAUGCUAUACAAUCUGAAUGUUAUUUUAACUUAUAGUUUUUUUUUUUUUAAUAUAUAUUUAACUACAAGGGCAGUUUAGGGAUCAGUUACAUUUCACUUUAGCAUACUUAUUUACAGAAAUACUUUAAAACUGCCACCUGUGAGCACAUUUUCAUAAAUGUGUCCUUUAAAAAAGAACAUGCCAAGAUUUUGUCUUUCUGUUGACUGUUCAUUUUGAUGAAGAAAUAAAUUUGACCAUGAUACAACACAAAUGGUUGGUCCUUUACUAUAAGCAGCUGCUUUCCAAAGCUCAUUAUUAUUGAGCAUAUUAAAAUAAUUGCCUAUUUAUUAAUCUACAAAUAGACAAUAAUGUUGGCAUGUUCUUUUCUGUUUGUCUAUUAAUGGUCCUGCUUCUUAGCAAUAUUAGAAAUGUUUUAUAAAAGCAGUUCAUGUUACUUUUCUGGUCUUUUCAUGGCAUAUGAGCAAAUAAACUAUUUACUACCCUCCUGUAA